GGUCGAAGCGUGGAACCAGAAACCAGCAAACGAGACAACAAUGGCAAAAUCUAUUAUUAUGACGCAUAACAAGAAAAAGAAAAAAUGCUCGAAAUCAACGACCCUUUCACGAAUUUCAAACUCCCCCUGUUACAGAUGCGGAUGCCCUUCCUUACGCGCAAACUCCAAUCUUCCUCUUCUAUUGGCUCAAAUUGGAAUGUGUUGAUUGCGGGACGAAGAGUCAUUCCUCCUUUGCAGGGAUUUUUGAGGUCGGUACAAACGUUGUGUCGAAUUUCAGUCCCUGGAAACUCAUUCCAACAAGGGGAAAACGUAGCUUCAGACUUUUUGAGUCAGAAGAAAAUAAUUCCUGAUGCAGAACCUCCUAGCCUGCGAGAUGUCGAACUGUUGUAUCAAUUUUUUGACAACAGUAAAAAACUCGUGGUGUUGACUGGGGCUGGAAUAAGCACAGAAUGUGGAAUUCCUGACUAUAGAAGUCCAAAUGGAGCUUAUAGUUCUGGCUUCAAACCAAUUACUCAUCAGGAGUUUCUCCGUUCCAUUCGAGCUCGCAGGCGAUAUUGGGCAAGAAGUUAUGCUGGCUGGAGGCGAUUCACAGCAGCACAGCCCGGUGCUGCUCAUAUUGCUUUAGCAUCUCUUGAAAAAGCCGGUCGUAUAAACUUUAUGAUCACACAGAAUGUUGACAGGCUGCAUCACCGUGCUGGUAGCAACCCACUUGAAUUACAUGGGACUGUCUACUCUGUUGUUUGUUUGGAUUGCGGUUUUUCUUUCAGUCGGAAUCUCUUUCAGAACCAAGUAAAGGCCCUUAAUCCAAAGUGGGCAGCAGCAAUAGAGAGUUUGGAGUGUGGCGGCAUCCCUGGAUCAGACAAGAGCUUUGGCAUGAAGCAAAGGCCUGAUGGCGACGUGGAGAUAGAUGAAAAAUUUUGGGAGGAAGAUUUUCACAUACCCACUUGCCAAAAGUGCAAUGGAGUGCUUAAACCUGAUGUCAUCUUCUUUGGUGAUAAUGUCCCAAAGGAGAGAGCUGAUAUGUCAAUUGAGGCUGCAAAGGAAUGCGAUGCUUUUCUUGUACUUGGUUCGUCUGUAAUGACCAUGUCUGCAUAUCGCCUUGUUAGAGCUGCACAUGAGGCGGGGGCUGCCACUACAAUUGUAAAUGUAGGCGAAACACGAGCGGAUGAUUUUGUGCCUUUGAAAAUAAACGCUCGACUCGGAGAGAUUUUACCGCGAGUGCUUCACUUUGGAUCCCUCAGCAUUCCUCAUGUCCACUGAGAAAAUGACUGUAUUGUUCGUAUCAUGUAACAUUGGAUUCAAAUAAACGUAAUAAUUUAAACAUCUACUAAACAUUCUUCAAAUGUAAUCUUAGUUAAGCUGUAUUUGAUUAUUCAAUGUUACGAUUAUAUCUUGAGUUGUGUCGAAGAUUAUCGAUUUCUUCUUUGAUUAACGAGAA